AAACUUGCACCGUGUGGCCAGAACAACUGAGCCAGAGAGAGAGGUGCAUCCACCAUGGCUCUCCAUCGCCUCACCAAGCUGAUGGUGUGCUUGCUGGCAACCACGGCACUGUUGUUUGCCGGCGGCGCGGCAGGCAAGGCUGGACCACCAGCUGGCCGUCAGGCUGGCGGCCACGGCACCGGAGCCCUGCCACCGCUACCUCCCGCGGCAGCUCCUCUGCGGGGGGCCCGUGGCGCCGUCGCUCUCGUCCUGCCAGAAGCCCAAGACCAAGAGAGCCAGGGCGCCGGAGCACGCCCGCCGCUACCUCCAGCCGGAGCUCCUCUGCCGCGCGCCCGCGGCACCGGAGCCCUGCCACCGCUACCUCCCGCUGCAGCUCCUCUGCGGCGCGCCCGUGGCGCCGUCGCCCUGCCCCAAGUCCAAGGCCAAGAAAGCCACGGCACCGGAGCAGGCCCACUGCUACCUCCGGCCGCAACCCCUCUGCCUCACGCCGGCGUGGAGACGAUCACGACGCUGCAGUCCGACCCAUCGCCGGCGAUGAAGCUCACUUACGAAGUCACCAAGACAAAGUACAUGAAGUUCCAGCAAAGCCUUUACCGGAUGCUGACGUCCAGCGGGAGGGAGGUGGAAAACGUUCCCGAGCUGGCUCCCCAGACGGGCCCCAAGAAGCAGCCGCCGAUGUGGAUCCUGAUCACCAUCGAAGUCGAGAAGCCGCAGGAGGCGGUAGUUCUCGCCGUGCGGACCGACAAUGUCUACAUUGUCGGUUUCAAGAACGCGGCGGGAGUCUGGUUCGCCUUCUCCGAUGACAAAGACCUAAUCAAAGGUUCGACGCCGCUCCCCAAGUCGCAUGACUACCGCAACCUCGUCGGUGGCCGCAAGAAGCUGAAGGACCUCGACGUCGACCAGGACGCCGUCGCGCAAGACGUUCGCUUCCUGUCGACGUACAGGCUCCCUUCCCGGCCGGACACGGCCCACAACGCCAUGCUCGGUACGAGCCUGGGGAGGCUGUCCCUUGUGGUCGCCGAGGCGGCAAGGUUGAAGACGAUCAACGCCACGGUGGUGGCGGCGAUGGAUGAGAAAGGCCCGAGCCGGAUCACCCUACAGCAGACGAAACUCAUCGUCGUUUGGGGCGUGACGUCCAAGGCACUGCUUGAUUGGAAAAAGAAUGGAGUAUGGAACCCGGAAGAUAGCGAGGACGUAAAAGAAGCGGGCAUCCACGGCGCACAAGAUGCCGUUAGCGCGCUCAAGGUUAUUCUUGUGCCCAUUGGGUACAAACGGGAGGCUGAGGAAGAUUAAGCAGCUUGAGAAGGUUGAGAAGGCUGAGAAAAAGAAGGUGAAUGCCGAGCUAGAAAAGAAGAGCCCCAAACACAGAGAAUUAUUGGGCUUAAUUAUUAUGUACUCACCUAGUACUAGUAUAAUGUAUGUGCAUGCAUGCACCCAUAAAUAAACAAAGGCAAGUGUUAGUUGGCCAAUGUGAAAAAACUUGGUUGUUUGUGAUGCCUCUUUAUGCUUGAGCACUGUGAAAUUUCAUAAUACUAGCUACUACUACAUAUUACCGAAAAAUGUUUUCACCCCGUUUUACAUAUAAAACAAC